CCAGGUGCGGCGCUAUAAUGGCCUCCUGGAUUGUACCAAGCAGGUGCUGCAAGAGGAAGGCACCCAGGGCUUCUUCAAGGGCCUGUCCCCCAGCCUGCUGAAGGCCGCCCUCUCCACAGGCUUCAUGUUCUUCUGGUAUGAGUUCUUCUGUAACCUCUUCCACUGCAUAAGGAGGGAAGACAGCUAGCUUAGUGGGCAGGAGGGCCUGAGGUCGUCACUGAAGGCCACCUCCUGAAAGAAGCAAGACUUACCCUCUGAACUCAUGUUGCAUUGAGGGGUGCUACCUGGUCUGCCCUGCAGGCCAGUCAUCCUGAGCGUGAAGGACCAUCAAGUGGUGGCAGCCUUGACCCACUGGGUUGGGUCACCAGCAGAAGAAAGGCAAGGACCUUCUCUAUGAAAGAACACAGGAGAUGCCGCAUGUGUGCCAUGGGGACGAUGCCACUGAGGAGCCCAGACCCAAAGGAAUGAGAUACCUUCCUCUACUUUGUAGCCCCAUCUGCUGGAAGAGCCACAGCUUGAGGGCAGAGCUCAGGGACUGGGCUCUUUGCAGGAGUCUGACCCCCAUACUGGGCUGUUUUUACUUAAUAGACAUUAAAGCAGAAAGCACAUUCCUCAUCUUACUCCUCCACCUCCCCUUGCAAGCUGCAUCCCUGCUCACAGAGGAUGAGGGAAGCCCUCCCUCAGGAGUUACACUCCUGUUGUUCUACUUUGUCCAAAAGUUGCAGCUCUGUGUGGCUCUGCUCCUAGGUUUAAGGGGAGUCCAAACCAGGCCCAGACCUCAACCUAGCAGGCAGGCAGAAGGGUGGGCCAAAUCCACCAGGCCCAGACCUUUGAGUCUACAUAGGCACCAGCACUCAGUCCAGUCUGUCCUAGGACAGUAUCUGCAGGGUGACGCCUAACCAGCUUCCAGAGAAGGCAAAUGCCAGUAAAGUGGAGCACAUGUGCUAAUGGGCAGGAGCACAACAUUGCAGCUCUUCUUCCCCCCCCAGGCUCUGCCCUUUCACUGGACCCUGGAUUAGCCCUGCUGGGAUGAGUUUACAGCUGGGUCAGUGGCAUCAGCGCCAGCCCAGGGUGUUCCUCCUUGGCUUAGCGUGACACUAAUGUGUCUUCUUAAUCCCAGAAGGCAGGCAACCCUGAAGCAGCCCAGUGUUGGAGAUGGCAGAAGGAAGGGGUUGGGCAGACAGCCUGGUGGGGCACAAUUUGGCACCCAGGGGAGUCACCAGAGCCCAGGAACCCAUACAGAUGUGCGUCUAGGUGCUGAGGAGAAACUUGGGUUACAGGGGCAAGAGAGCAGAGCAAAGCAGAGUGCCACCCCUCCGGCCUGCCUGCUGGGCUGAGAGAUGGGCCUGGUAGAGGGGGUCGUGGGGAUCCACACCUUUACUCUGGAGUCGUUUGGGCUCAUGUGAGCUCGAGCCUCUGCCAGGACUGGCACGCAGCAACUGCUGGGAGUGGCCUCGACGCACUGGAGUGUGGGGCUCUCGCCCCGCCCUCUUCUCUUAAUCCGGAGCCCAAUCCUGGCUCCUGUGCUCUUCCCUGUGCUGGCCGUUGACUCCGAAGGUUCCGGCUGCGCUAGAGGACGCCCUGAGGCCCACGGCUCUUCAGCCCUGGCCGGGGCUGUGGGGUGCUUGAAUGUACUUUUAUGACGUCCCAUUGAAAUAAAGUUCGUGCUCUUCCUCUCGCCUGCUCACUGUUUCGUGCUGCAGCUGAGUUCUCUUCGGCACCCCCUUCCCAUGACCGCUUUGGCGGGAACCUUUAGCCACUCAAAGCUCCCAAUCAGCACUUGUCCUCUGGGUCAGGUAGCAGGGACUGGGGGGGUCAGGAGCGGCAAAGGUCAUCUGGCUCUUCGCCAAGAAAGACCUAGAGGCUCCCCAACACCUCGUGGGACACAGGGCGCCAACUGGGCUGCUUUCUCUCGGACUGCCCCUUUGCCCUGAAACUUCUUUUGCUAAUCGUUUGUCGUGAAGUAGAAGAGGGAGUUGGUGGGGUUUGACCCAGCCCUUAUGCUCCCCCUUUUCGCUCUGUCUUGAGAGAGGGGAUCCGGUGGGACCCGUGAAGAUGUUGCCCCUGCCGCCGGCCAUCGGCCCGCCCC